AUGGGUAUCGACAUCGCCCACCACCACGUCAAGAAGGGUGCCAGGACCGCCCCCAAGAGUGAGGACCCGUAUCUGCUCCUCCUCGUCAAACUUUACCGUUUCCUUGCUCGUCGUACCGACUCGGGCUUCAACAAAGUCAUCCUCCACCGCCUCUUCCUUUCCAAAACGAACCGCGCACCCUUGUCGUUGUCACGAAUUGUGAAGGAGACUGCCAACGCUGGCGACCUCGACUCGAAAAUCAUUGUCUCGGUCGGCACGAUCACAGACGACGUUCGUUUGGUUGAGGUCCCCAAACUGACGAUUGCUGCUCUCCGGUUCACCCGUUCUGCCAAAGAGCGCAUUCUCAAUGCUGGAGGUGAAGCCAUCACCUUUGAUCAGCUGGCUCUUCGGGCGCCAACUGGUGCCAACACCAUUCUGCUGCGCGGCAAAAAGACGGCCAGGGAGGCCUACAAGCACUUUGGCAUGGGUCCUCACAAGAACAAGAAGCCCUACACGAUUUCCAAGGGUCGCAAAUUCGAAUCUGCUCGUGGACGCAGAAAGUCGAAGGGUUUCAAAGUGUAA